UCACAAUAUUUCUAAUUUCUAAUGUUUGCUGUGUGUUUCCUACAAAGAUUAAUAUAAUUGUUAAAUAUAUUUUAAUUUUUGCAUUAAAAAAAAUAAUAACCGAUGUCUGACCGUUAAUUAGCGAAAUAUUCUCAGGUAAAGGACUUAACGGGGCACUGGUUUAAGUAUAUGCAACGUUUACGGUUCCGUUAUGGAAAUAGUUUCUGUGUAGGGUAGGGAGGUAAAUAAAUUUUAUAGUAGAUUAUAAUAAGUGGAACAAAAGUCAUUAAAGGUAAAAGUGAUGCAGCGCCGCAUUCAUCGGAUCGGUGGCCCUUCUAGCAACAAUGGAUCCUCGGGCUUGCCAACUUCAUUGCUAAGAGGGGCCAACCGACCAUACGAUGGUAAAAUAGCCGGACUCUACGAUUUGGAGGAGACGUUGGGUCGCGGUCAUUUCGCCGUCGUUAAAUUGGCCCGUCACGUGUUCACCGGGGAAAAAGUCGCCGUGAAAGUGAUCGAUAAGAGUAAAUUGGACGAGGUGUCCAGGGCGCAUCUGUUUCAAGAGGUAAGAUGUAUGAAACUGGUACAACAUCCCAACGUGGUACGGCUGUACGAGGUGAUCGACACCGCCACUAAAUUGUAUCUCAUCCUGGAGCUGGGAGACGGCGGGGAUUUGUACGAUUACAUUAUCAGACACGAGCAGGGAUUGCCCGAAGAGAAAGCCAAAGAUUACUUUAGACAAAUAGUGCGGGCGAUAUCGUACUGCCAUCAGCUCCAUGUGGUCCAUAGGGACCUGAAGCCGGAAAACGUGGUGUUUUUUAAGAAGCUCGGCGUAGUGAAAUUGACCGAUUUCGGUUUUAGUAAUAAAUUUUACCCGGGACAGAAAUUGGAGACUUCUUGCGGCAGUUUGGCUUAUUCGGCGCCGGAAAUUUUGUUGGGGGAUUCGUACGAUGCUCCCGCAGUCGAUGUGUGGUCUCUGGGAGUGAUCUUAUACAUGUUAGUAUGCGGACAAGCGCCAUUCCAAGAAGCCAACGAUUCCGAAACUUUGACCAUGAUCAUGGACUGUAAAUACAACGUUCCUGCACACGUAUCACAAGAAUGCCGAGAUUUGAUUUCUCGAAUGUUGGUCCGUAACCCGGAAAAACGUGCCCCACUGAAAGAAAUCUCGACCCACGAAUGGCUAAAGUCCGAUCACGAGGACGUCAGCGCGACGGAUAACCUCACCCUGCCCUUAGUUUCUAGGGAACAAUUAUCGGAAGAGGAUCAUAACUUUAUCGUGCAAAAAAUCGUGAAUGGCAACAUCGCGACCAAAGAAGAGAUACAAGAUUGUUUGGACCGUAACGAAUACAACCACAUAACGGCCACCUAUUAUCUGCUCGCCGAGCGGAAAUUACGCUCGAAACGGGCGGAUGUCGCAUUAAAAAAGAGACCCGAGAACUUGGCGGUGUCGAAGAACUCGUUGGGGCCGCCCAAGAGGGAAAAUGGCGCGGGACAAACGACCAACUCUACGUUGUUGAGUGUACCGAGGACCCCUGGAGAUUUGCCACAAAGAUCCAGAAAGUGCAGCAUCGUCCAAGAGGACGAAGAGGAGGAGGACAUGUCCUCGUGCUCCGGCAGGGAGGAAUUGGGUCCGCCACUGAACCGAAGGGGCUCGCGAUCGGAGGGCAGACUCAGUUUGGCCCUGCAAGAGCGACUGGCGGAGAACGAGAGACGGAAACCCGCGGAAAGAAUACCGGAAACCGUUCACGAUCUACCGCCCACCCCAAAAUCGACCGUACGCAAAGAAUGGCAAUCGCAAAAAAGUUCGAGCGUAUGCGAACCGGCCAAAGAAUCGGAAAUAAUCCCGACGACGAUCAUAACCGACUCGUCGACCAUCACGAUUCCGAUAAUCACGACCAGUUUACCGGUGGAUUGUUCGAACAUGCCGAAAUACAAGACGAUGCCGUCGCCGACAACCACCACCACCACCACCAGCACCGGCGCCACCAACCAGUUACAACUGAACGAGAUUUUCGAGGAGGGAACCGACACGACCACGUCAUUGCCGGACUCGGUCCGACACUCGCAGCAGGGCGGUCCGCGGUUCGUUAAACGGACGCCGUACGAGCAGCGACGCAGCAAAUACCACAAGGCGAGGACCGCGUCCUGCAGUUCUUCAGAUGCGAGCGACGACGACAGCGAGAAGAGGAAGAAGCGGGCGCACAAGUUGAACCCCGCGCCCUCGAAACCGUUCCAGGGCAGGAGGGAUAGCUACGACGACAGUAGCGACUCGCAGGAGCCGGGCACAGGUGCCGGCACCGGAGGUGACAACACUAGUCAAGCGUUGGGCGGCGCCACCGCCACCAUUUCCACCACCGGUUCUGGAGGCGGCGGCGGCGGUGGGGGCGGCCAAAAUGACAAGGGCGGGGGGACGAACCACGACCAGGGCGGCAGGAAAAAUACGAACUGCGCCGGUUCGAUGUUGGGGAGGCGGCACAAGGCGAGCCGGAGACGUAGCGGCGAGACCAGGCUACGCGAGAGUCAGUCACUAAAUAGAAUAACGGAGGUCCAAGAGGACAAUACGCACGCCCUAGUGAUUUCCACGGUGGUCGUAAGCACGCACGGUCCUCUCACGCCCAAAGUUAAAGGUUUAGGUGCCAGAAUCCUUCAAGGGCUUUCGAUUUCUACGAAAAAGCAGCCCAAGGAGGGGGAGGAGGAGGAAAAACCCAUUGAAAAAAGCGAUAGUCAAAAAUCCUCUAGUCAUCACGUGUCGCGGAAAGAUACGAUCAAGAGUGGGCAGGAUUGUACGGACGGUCAAGAUUCGAAAAUCGCCCAGUCGGAUAAGAAGAAACUGAAGAUUUUAGGCAGAUAUUUUCAAGUUCAUAAAAAGUUAUGCAUUCCCUUGCCGGAUAUAUUUAAUAAAAAUGCCCGCUUGUACAAGGCGCAGUCGUGCGGUUCUUUGGUGAGAGAUAAGAUUAACAAAACGGAGCCGAUUCUGAGGUGUCGUCAGAGAGCCGUGAGCGUAUUCCGUAACAGUUUGGGCAUCGAGGAGAACAACAAGAACAAGAGCCAAAACAACAAAAACGAGCAGCAGCAGCAACGCAGGAAAUCGGCGACCGUCGUACAACUGAACAACGUCUGCAACGAACUGACCGGGAUGUGCGCGAUCCAUCUGGAACAAACGGCCAAGUGCAGCUUCUGUUGACCGCCACGUGGUGGCGUUAUCCUUGUUAUCAUCUCGCCCCCCUCCCGCCACGGUUAAUUCUAGAUUAAUUUUUAGUAUCGUUUAGAUCUGCUAUCGUCAUUCCUCUUCAUUUAUCGAGUAGAAUUCGGGAUUAAAAGGGCCGUUGUACCGGUGGUCUUAUGUGCCAAACCAGUAGACAAACAUCUUUAAGACUAAUUAAUAUGGUCUGUUUUCAUAGGGAGUAAGUAAGUUUGAAAGUGGGUUAUUUGAUGAAAAUGUUGGGGGUAUUAGAUUACGGAAUGGCAAGUGGGCAUCUGGAAAUUAUCAUUUUAAAUGAUUUGCAAAAAACCUCGUGAUUUUCUUGGUGUUCAGAAUAACUGGGAUCAAUAAAAAACCCGAGAAAUCAAUAAUUCUUGCGGAAAAUCAAAAUUUUACUUCUUUAUCAAUAUUUUUGAGUUUAUAUUCAAAAAAACCGCAUAAUUUUAAUAAUAAUAAAUAUUUAUUAAACAUCAAGGCUACAAAUAAAUAUACAUAAGAAUUAUAACAAGUAUAAAGGCCACUUAAAUAUGAGAACAAAACUAAAAGUUCUGAAUUGUUUGUAAAGGGAACACUAAUAUCUAAACCUAAACCUGUACUAAUAAAAAAAGAUAAAAAUUGUAUAAAUAAAAUAACGUAAGACACGCAAUGUAAAGAUAAAAAAUAAGACACACACACACACAUAUUAAAAUUAGAUAAAAUGAACAAAAAUUACAACCUAUCUAAAAUACAUUCGCUUAAAAGCCUCUUGAACUGUGGUAAAUUAUUACUGGUUCCAUAUUUAGUGGUACCAUAAUUAUGUAUAUCUUCAAAAACUCUUAAUUUAUCAUAGAUGUAAAUAAGUAAAAAAAUAUUGUUUUAACUUAAAAAUAAACAAAUAGACACUAAACAUAAUUCUUUGGUUGACAGAAAGCAUAUUUAGGACCGUUAACAUAAAUUUCACGUAGUAUUACGAUUACAUUUUAAAAUCAGUCUCAUAGCUCUGUUUUGGAUUAUGUCUAAUUGGUUAAUGCUGUAUUGGAGUAAAUUGAACAGCGAUGUUGAGCCAAAUUGCAAAUGUGGGAGUGCAAUGGCAUUAUAUAACAUCAAUUUUGUGUGCAUUGACAGAUUUCUUUCGAUUUUUGUUAAAAAACCAGCUUUUUUUGCUGUUAUAGAUAGGAACGUCAUAUCUGACUGACAUAUUCCUCAAUAAGUCAAUAGUUUCCAAGAAAAAUCACUUGUAUCAUUAGCCACAUUUAUGUUUUAGAAGAUUUUCCAAAAAGUUCAGCAUUUCUUGACUUUUAAGAAUGUAGACUCGAAAAAAGUGACACAAUAAAUAAACUAAAUAGUAUAAAUAAAAAAAUGCAUCAACUCUGAUUAAACCAAGAAGUCGAUUCCAUGUUUUAAUGCCAUUUCGUGAUUUAGGAGGUAGACUAGAUAUUUUUAUAAAACAAUUUCAUUUUCAAACUUAUCAUAUCGACGUAACCUAUGAAAACGGACUGAAAGGUUCAAUGCGCCCUUGAGAUACAAAUUGCUUUUUAAUGCGAAUCAUGCGGUUUUAUGAUUUAACCGUUUUUGAGAAAUAAAAAAGUAUGAAUUUUUGGAAUAUAUUGAACAUUUUUUUGGAAAAUUAAAGUCCCUCCAAAAAGGUGUUAUGUCCCAUUUUGGUUGCAAAAUAUCUCCCUUACUAUUAAAGAUACAACUAAACUUCUGAGUUAGAGAGUGCCAAUGAAGUUUCACUUUUAUGGGUAAUAUUAUAGAUCAAAGUGUAAGUACUAUAGUGCAAGAAGAUCCUCAAUCUUUGAAUUUCAAAAAAAGUCUCUAUAUUGUUUUAUAGUUAAUAUAAUAAAUUAGUUACGAAAUUAUGGCAUUUUUGGAUAGUGGUAGCAGAAUCUUAAUAGAAUUUUGUGCUAUUGUGCUAAAAUUUGUAGUGUAAUUCUUAGAUAUGCCUUCCUAAAAAUGCCAAUAUUUCUGGAUUUAAAAAAAAACGAAUUAAAUCUAAAAUAUGCUUCGUCGAGAAUAUUUUGCUUUUUAUUUCACAAGUAUAUUCCUAAUGGUCCGACUUUACAGCGAUAGUUUGAAUCUUUACAAACUAUUUUACUUUAAAAGGGCAGUUAGAAUUGUACUCCCAAAAUAGGACAUACUGUACAAUCAUUUCAGGUAUGAUUUGCAUUAAAAAAAUGUCUGUAUCCCCCUAAUAGUUGUUGAUAAGACUGGGUUAAGAGAGAGAACGUAACUUACUCAUACUUUUCGAGCUCAACGUAAUCUUUUAUAAUCAUCCAUAAACAAGAACUGUAUAUUCCCUUUUCGGCUUUUUUAAAAUCAUCAUCAGGUUCAAUUUUUUCAUUUCCAGCGUGAUGUAAUUCUUAGGGUUUAGUCGUGUAGAUAAUAUGCUCCGGUACAUAGAGUCGGUUGGACAAAAUGGGGAUUUUUAAAGGGAAAUUUGAUUUAAGCUUAUUAUAGCACAGAAUUUUAGGUCCAUUUUUGUCUCUUUAUCUCAACUAAGGCAAGAUCUAUUUUAACAUGAGAAUUUAAAACGGACAUUCUACAUAGACAUGGUUGGUAUUGUAUCAGUUUAAAUCGAAAAGAUGGGGUUAAUUAGACAUUUAAGGUUCAUAUCAAAAUGAAAAAUACCCAAUUUCAGCAAUUACCUUUUCAUUUAAACAAGUUUGCUUUCGUUUAGGAUAUUUUCAAUUCCUUACAAGAGUUAAUACGUUUUAAUAACAUUAUAGUGAAAAAAAACGUUAGAAUAUCAUAGUAUUGGCUGAUUAUAAUGUCUAUAUGUAUUAUGAAUAUCUGCCUUAAAUUCUACCUUUAAUUCUUCUAAAAAGCUCAAAUUAUAAACAUCACUUUAAGAGAUCAUUUUGAUUAACUUGUUAUAGACUGAUUUAAUCAGCAUUAUAGAGGGUCGUUGAAAAUUAAAUUAAAAUUUUUCAUUUACUAAAAUGGCGGAAAGCAAUUUUUUUUUUAAUAGAACCUAUCCUAUAUUUUAUUUAAUUUUAUUUUCUAAUAAAUUGUUAAAAUACCUUUUAUUUAAUUCAACACAUUCCAGCACAUUACAACACUUUGGUAACUUUUUGAAAAACGCUUAAACAGGCGUGUAGUUAAAUUAUUUUGGUUUAUGGGUGUUUUAUGACAUUUCGAAAAAAUAAAAUUCACCCCUCCAAAAAAAUUUUUUUUCUUUAAAAAUCUGUACAUUUUUUAAAUAAAUGUUAAAAUAGGCGCCUAAUUAAAUUAUCUUAGGAAUAAGUGUAGAAAUUCUCAAGAUUUUAUUUUAACUGGUUUUUGAGAAGAUGAGACCUUUCCAGAAUUUUCUUUUGUCAAAACCUUGGCAUUAUUUGGUAUUAUAUUGGUACUAAUUGAGUAGGUCAUGAUGGAAUAGCAAUAAGAGAUGUUGUUGCUUGUUUUCCAUUUUCUAGCAAACCGCUACUCAAUAUUAUUAAUUCCUGCAUCUUAGAAAAUCAAUUUUCAGACUUGUGGAAAAAGGCUAUCAUUAAACCAUUUGCAAAAGUCUUAAACCCUAAAGAAGCUAAAGAUCUACGCCCUAUUAGUAUUUUACCAGUUUUGUCUAAGGUUCUAGAGAGACACAUUGAUAAUCAAAUUACUGCAUUUUCAAAUUCCUAUAAAAUUAUACCUGAAUGUCAAUCCGGGCUUAGGAAACAUUUUAGUACAUCUACUUGUCUGGUAAAUCUUAUGAAUGAUAUCAGGCACUAUGAAGAACAGAAGCAAGUAACAGCCGUAUGUUUGCUGGACUUAGGUAAGGCAUUUGACACUCUAAAACAUGAUAUGCUGCUAGCUAAAUUAAAUUUCUUUGUUUUGUCUAAUACUUCUAUUGCCUUGCUGAAGGAUCUCAGCAAGGCCUGGCCAGCAGGUUUCAAUGCGUGGAGAUUGAUUCUCAUCCCUUAUAUUCAAAAUCUGAAUUUAUUCCUGUUACCACUGGGGGGUAUCCCAGGGAUCUCUAUUAAUUUGAAACUAAACCCUUCGUGUCUCUUAUUUCUAGGAUCCAGUAGAAAUAACAUAUUUCUUAAUACGUGGUUAAAAUAGGCAAUACAGUAGUACCGGUGGUUAAUGAUGCAAAGAAUUUGGGUAUUAUUUUUGAUAAUACUUUUUCUUUUUUAGCCCAAAUAAACAAAAAAAUUGCCACUGCUUAUAUGCGCUUAAAAUAUUUAAAUAAUCUAAAGCGUCACUUACCGAGUGAAACCAAGUAUUUUUUGUGCAACUCUUUAAUAUUAUCAUUGUUUGAUUAUGGCGAUGUAAUCUACAAUGAUGCAAUUACUUCGGCAGUCUCAUCUUCUAUUCAAAAAGUGCAGAAUUCAUGUAUGCGUUUUUCCUUUAAGUCAUAUUACCCCAUAUCUUAACAAUAAUUUUAUUCUUUCAAUGUCAAAUAGACGCAAAUAUUACAUGUACUCUUUCAUAUACAGAAUUUUAAAGUCGGGAAACCCACCAUAUCUAAGAAAACUCUUCAAUAUGCAUGAACACAACCAUAAUACCAGACGGUUUAUUAUUUUUAGGGUUCCUCAGCAUACAACAGCAGCUUUUCAAAAAAUCAUUUAGUUACGUUGCAAUUCAUUUGUGGAACAAUUUGCCUCAUUGUGUUAAAAAUUAUUCUCUUUAUAAGUAUAAGAAGUACAUAAGAAAUAUGCUUAUGCAGUCACAGUAUGAUGCCUCAUAAUUAAAUAUGUAUUGAAAUGAAUGUAAAUAGGACUUUUUUCCAGUCUCUUUUCAUUCAGGUUGUGUCAUAUUCAUGUAGCUGUACUGGGUCGAGUCUUCACUUACAUCUUCGUUUCGCAUUUAACAAGAUAUACCUGUAUCAUAUUAUUUAUAUUCAUAUAUAUUGGAUGUGUUUCCUCUCCUGCGCUUCCCUGAUUCAGUCGCUGCCUACCCCUGCCCUGUGUACAUAAAUAUAAAUAAAUUGUAUUUUUUUUUUCAAGCUCUUACUAUCAAAAAGUAUCGAAGAAAUAUUAGUAGGGUAUUUUUUUUUAGUUUUCUUGUUAUUUUGUUUCCUUUUUUGUUGCUUUUUCUUGAGGAUGUAUCACUUAAAAGUGCCUCUUGCAGAGGUACUCUUGAGAAACGGUUUUUAUAAUCGAGAUGCAUUCCUAUUUGCUAACUUCACUUACAUCAUAAGUACAACUGUUUUGUUAUUUUUUGAUAUUUUCCAAAAAUAUAUUUUUCUCGAAACCCUAUUAAUUUUUUGAAAAAACCUGAAAUAGGUGUGUAGUCAAAUUAUUCCAGGAAUAUGUAAAGUAAUUUUCAAAAUUUUAUUUCCACUGUUUUUUGAAAUAUGGGUAUUUUUGCGAAAUCUUUGACAAAAAAUUACCUUCUCCAAUAAAUGGAUUUUUUUUUCAAAAUCCUGUAUAUUUGUGAAAAACACCGAAAGAGGUUGCAGUGAAAUUGUUUCCAGAAUAUGUGUAAAAAUUU